GGUAAACUCCACCAUGGCGGCGGCGCGAGGCCAUGUGCAGGACCCCAACGACAGGAGACUCAGACCUAUAUACGAUUAUCUUGAUAAUGGCAACAAUAAAAUGGCGAUACAGCAGGCCGAUAAGCUGCUGAAGAAACACAAGGACCUGCACUGUGCCAAGGUCCUAAAGGCGAUCGGCCUUCAGAGGACGGGGAAGCAGGAUGAAGCCUUCACUUUGGCCCAGGAAGUGGCCAUUCUAGAGCCCACCGACGACAACUCGCUACAGGCUCUGACUAUUCUGUACAGGGAGAUGCACCGCCCGGAGUUGGUCACCAAGCUGUACGAGGCGGCGGUGAAGAAGGUUCCUCUGAGCGAGGAGUACCACUCUCACCUCUUCAUGGCGUACGCUCGCGUCGGCGAGUACAAGAAGAUGCAGCAGGCGGGAAUGGCCUUGUAUAAAAUCGUCCCCAAGAAUCCAUAUUACUUCUGGUCUGUCAUGAGUCUGGUGAUGCAGGCCAUCUCAGCACAAGAUGAAAAACUGGCCCAGACCAUGUUCCUGCCUCUGGCUGAGCGCAUGGUGGAGAAAAUGGUGAAGGAGGAGAAGAUUGAGGCAGAAGCAGAGGUGCAGCUGUAUUAUAUGAUCCUGGAGCGCUUGGGAAAGUGUGUGGAGGCUCUCAAUGUGAUCAGAGGUCCACUCGGGGAGAAGCUGACCAGCGAGCUGCAGAGCAGAGAAUCUAAGUGCAUGAAGCUCUACCGGAGACUACAACGCUGGCCGGAGUGCAACUCGCUGGCCCACAAGCUGCUGCUCAAGAAUCCUGACGACUGGCAGUUCUACCCCUCCUACUUUGACUCUCUCUUCCACCUGAUGGAUCAGUCGUGGAGUCCUCCUGAAGAAGGAGAACACUGCUCGGAGGGUUCGGUUCACCACACGGUGGCCGAGGUGGUGAGCUUCGUGGAGGAGAGGGUUUCGGGGGAGGAUGGCAGAGACUCGCGCUCACUCAGAGGACCCUAUUUAGCUCGGCUCGAAUUAAUGCACAGACUGAGAGAAAGAGGCUGUCCUGAAGAGAAACUGUUAGGUGAGCCUUUAGAGCUAAUGGUGCAGUUCUUUGGGAAGUUUGGAGACAAACCCUGCUGCAUCACCGACCUAAAACUAUACCUCCACCUGCUCGCUCCCGAACAACCCGUGCAGUUCAUCAACCGUGUGAGUGAAGCGGUGCCCCUGGGGGAGCAGGGAGAGGACGGGUUCGCUUUCCCAGAGGACACCAAAGCGCUGCAGAGGCAUCUGUGCGUGAGUCAGCUGAGUCGAGCCCUCGGGCUGCAUCACGCUCUCGACCCCGACGGGAAGCUGCGGCUCAUCGCCGAGCUCAAAGCUCACUAUCGUCACGGACUCAAGUUUGGGACGAACGCACUGAAGACGGAGCUGCAGUUCUCUGAUAUGUACUGUCUCAUGGCAGCUCACGUUUACAUCGACCUCUGGAAGGAGACGGAGGAUGAGGACAUGGUGUGGCAGUGUCUGGGCGUCCUCCAGGAGGGUCUGUCUCUCAGUCCCUCCAACGCCCAGUUCAAGCUGCUGCUGCUGCUCGUCUACUGUCACCUGGGAGCCUUUGAGCCCGUGGUGGACCUCUACUCCAGUCUGGAUGCCAAGCAUGUGCAGCACGACACCAUCGGCUUCCUGUUGACGCGUUACGCUGAGUCAUUGGGUCAGUUCGCUGCAGCCUCCCAGUCCUGUAACUUCUCCCUCAGGUUUUUCCACUCCAACCAAAAGGAUACCUCAGAGUACAUCAUCCAGGCGUACAAGUACGGAGCGUUUGAGAAAAUCCCAGAGUUCAUAGCUCUCAGGAACAGGUUGAACCAAUCGCUGCACUUUGCCCAAGUGCGCACGGAGCGCAUGCUGCUGGACCUGUUCCUGGAGGCCGACAUUGUGUUGAGUCUGGAGGAGAGUGUGAAGGCCAUGUCUCUGUCUCCAGAGGAGGACGACAUCCCGUGGGACACCAUGAGGGACAACAGAGACCUCACCGUGUUCACCAGCUGGAACCCGAAGGAGAGAGAGCUGACUGACGAGCACCGGCGGCGCUCUCUGGAGGAGGAGUCCGUCUGGCUGAGGUUACGCUCUCUAACGCUUCGCGUCCUCGCCUCCUUGUCCUCGCCGGGUCACACGCCGACGCAGCAGAACUCGGGGACGACCAACGAGAACGGAGUCGGAGACGAGCCGUCGAUCCUCGGCGGCCUGCUCGCUCAGCUCCACCGCACUCUGCAGACGGCCGCUCAGAUAGCAGAGAGACGCACGCAGUAUCCCUUCCUGGGCCCCCCCUCCACCCGCCUGCUCUCUGCUCUGUCCAGCGGCAGCUGUCAGUGCCAGGCUGCUGCCCUGCAGCUGUCUGUCCACCUCCAGGAGCUGGAGACCGCCGGACUCGACGAGUCGUCGGAGCUUCAGACCCAGAUCUGUAACAGUUUCAAAUCAUUAGUAGUUCAGCUUCAAGGUGAGACAUCUCUGCACACAGAGCUGCAGAAGUUUAUUCUGCGUCUGUUACGCUUCAUGCUUUGUUUCUUUCUCUGCACAGAAAUACUGAAUAAAGGAAAAGGAGAUCUAUUGGAAAUGAAAGAGAGCAAAUUAAAAACCUGGCCCUCCUUAUUAGAAAACCUAAUCUUCUUUGUUGAGACGGUGUGCAUAGUCUUGUGGAUGGCUAGUCACUGUGCCAAGAUCCUCCGACCGCUGAAGACGAGUCUACAGAAGAAGAAGAAGAAAAAGAAGGAUACAAACACAGCUCUGCCGGCGGUGGUGUGCGGGUUCCAGGAGCUGACGGGGAGCUUGCAGGACCUCCUUACCCAGGCGUUGGAGUAUAUAAAGGGGCAAGAGAUCGGCAUCACGGCCCUUAAGCUGGCCGGGUUAAGCUUAGAAGGACAAACGCAGGACGAGGAGUCGUUUACGAAGGCUGCUAUGGACAAAGUGCAGAGCAGUUACCUGCGCUCACUACAGGAGGCGGGAGAUCUGCUGAAGAAGAGAGCAGAAACUAUAAAGAGCCUCAAGAUCUGAACACCAUCCCACCGCCCAAAUAACGAUGACUCUACCCCCCCACACCACCACCACCAUCAGCCCCCCCCCCCACCCCACACCGCCGUCUGUCAGCCCACCAGCUCACUACGAGUCCUACAACCCAAAAACACUCAACCUCCUUCCUGUCCUGCAUAUUUCUCAACUCAGCGUUUGUGAGCUCUCAAUCUGAAUUUUUAUUUUGCUCGUCUUCCACCUCAACACACACACACACACACACACACAUCAACACACAUGCACAUCAGGAACAUCUGCAGCUCUUCUAGCACACAAGCUUGUAAGUAAACUCAUGAAUUUCUACAGCGGUUCUAGUGAAAAUGAGGAAUAAAGACGUGCUCUUUUUUAAAUAAAGAAAAAGAAACGGAGCAAAAUUAGGAAGUAUGAAUAAGCAGUUUUAGAAGUAAUCUAAUAAAUGAUUGUACAUAGUAAAGAGCAACUACCACAACUUAAAUAAGAAUAUAAGACACAAUAAACCAAUAUUCUGUUGGUUUGUCCGUUAAGUUGUUCCUUUCUAUUCCUCUUUGUUUCGUUUUUCUCUGGUGAGAACAAUCAAAAUAAAACACACACACGUACACGUACACACACACACUGGGACUGUUAACACUACGGAGGAAAGUUAUCUCAAUGCGCUCCUUUUCCAGAUGUUUCUGUCCGUCGAGAGCAGCAGGCACAACUCAUGGACGCCUGCAGACUGAAGUUUGCCUUUCAACAAUUCUUUUGUCACAAUCCUUUUGUUUUCGUUGCUUUGUGUAUCUCGUGUUUCUCUUUCAAAAUUGGAACCACGUCUGUAGUUGCAGUAUUAUAAAGAGCAGUAGUGGGAGGAGUUAAAGGAGGUUUUUAAAGCCGUUCUUGUUUCUUUUCUUUCUUUUUAUACCAGUAGACGUGCUUAUAAACACGUCGGCCGUGGAGUCAGGUCAUUUAAGCACAAAAACACACAAAAUUAUGAUUAUUUAAGAGAACGUGUGAUUAUCUUGAGAUGAAUCUUCACCCCGUUGUUUCAACUCCACUCCCUGAUCUGUUACUGCAGUCAUUGAAAGACUUUGGAGCAGAAUGCAUCUUCAUGCAAAGAUAAAUUAUGACCCAUUACAAAUACACGUGCAGACAUUAAUAUAAUCAGCUAGAAUGCAUGCACAGUCUGUUCCAGUUCGGUCCAGACAACAACGUAGGAGAAGAUUUUGGACUUUUGACAAAGGAAGUCCUGAGAGACAAGUGAGGGAAAUAAAUGCUGGUGGUUCAUUGUCGGAGUCUGAUCUAAAUAGUUUUAUGACUUGGUGACAAUCCUUCACAUUUCAGUCCGGUUGAUUUACAAUUUCGUGUGUGUGUGUGUGUGUGUGUGUGUGUGUGUGUGUGUGUG